AUGACUGCAGUGCGAUCGGCCGUGGUGCCCAGUCCAACCACCUCUCAGCCACAGGCUGCCUCGCCUCUCAACGAACCACCGAUAAGCGUCGCACCAUCUCCAUCAGCGGCAUCCCUACCGAAUGCAAGCAGCGCAGGCACCAGUCGUGAGCAUCACAGCGCCAAGCCUAAUCUAGCCAUCCUAGCCGGAGCUAUUCUUGGUGGCUUGAUGCUCCUCCUUCUGAUCAUCGGGGCUGUCGUCUACUGGUGUGGGCAUCGCAAGAAGGAGGCGACGAAGAGUAAGACGGUCCGAUUCGCCAAGGGCAUCGGAAACACAUCCGCCGGCCCCACGAAACGUCCAGAUUCCAGCGACUAUCCGGACGACGAAAGCAAUCACAGCUACCAUACUGCAUCGCAGGGUCAUCAACGAGAACAGCCGCCUGUCGCGAAGCACGAGCAGCCACCGGUGCCUGUUCAUGGUGCCGUUCAGAUCGAAAUGCCACCACACCAUCCGAUGAGGCGUCGAAUAGAGCCGCUAGAAGCGGACCAAAUCCAGCUUCGGGACAGAGAGGCUGCGACCAUUCGCAAGCCAAGCAUCGAAAUCGCCGAGAAGACGGCCGACGACGACGACGCGCAAAUUGAUCGCUGUCUCAGCUACUAUCUCAAGCAUCACAGGCGUGCGUCCAAUCAUCCCGACGAUGACAUACGGGCAUCGCUGCCGAGCCAGCUCGAAAUGACCCUUUCGCCGACCAAAAUCGACGCGCAGGACAGGGGCGAUCGUCGCAGCUUGGGCUUCCCAAAGACGGGCAGCCUGUUUCAGAAGAUCCGGCGAUCACAGAUCCGGCUCAACGAAGAAGCUCUCUUUCCCGCCAAAAGGGAGGCCAGACAUUCCUCAAGGCGAGUCAGCGAGACGGUGGACACGAGUUUGCGUGAUACCGCAUCGUCCUCGUAUGAUCCAUCUACGCCUCCGUCCAUCGAAAAGGUACCACGGAUUAAUGUUCCUCUCAAUUGGCGCGGGAGCUCGAAGCCCCACCAGGAUGAACGAGACGUGCAGGGCUCACCGCCGCACUCGGCGUUCGAGUACGCCUACAUGGCUGGUUCGCAUCGCUUGCCGUUCGUCCCGGACGAUGCGGAGGCCGCUUGGACGCCACCUUGGCAGGAUCACUCGCCGUGCAGAUCCUCGGCGCUGUCGCCGAGGAGGUCCGGUCCGGAGAGCGUCCGUCAGCGCAGUGCCACUCACAGUGCUUACAGAAGCAGAGACAACGGCAAAGCGGCCGUCCCCACCAGUCACCAGCCCGCGCAGCAGCACCAGCAAGUCCCCGAGGUUCAGCCUUCUCACACAACUAUCGCAACCACCGACGUGCCAACUAGCUCCCUAGUGGACAUGCUGGUCGACGAGACCGUUCCGGUCAUUGCGCCUGUCGUCGAUGCGGCCAUUGAGGCUACCGACAAUGGUAUCAGCAAAGGCAAGAGUGCCGAAGUCGGGCCACCAACGAAUACGACGGCCGAAGCGACCAGCGACGCUGCCUCCAACCCGACCGUCCGAAAAGUGCGGUAA